AUGAUUGCUGAUGUACCACAAGUAAUGAAGCUGCAGGAUCAAAACCACCUGCCCAAGACAGAAGGGCUGAUGGGGAAGAAAAAGUUGGUUACAAGUCAGGAUCCAGUCCAUGCCCUGAGCACGUCUGUGUUGGUUGGGAUGAAUCCUUUGGUAUACUUUGUGCCUUGGCUCUCCAUGUUCAAGGAAACAAAGGCAGAACAAGGUAUCAGUGGGAGUAGACUUAAAGGAGAAGACUCUUCACAGAUGAGCAUGGCAAACAGGAAGUUCAGGAGCCUAACACUUCGCAGGCUUCUUUUCAGAUGCAAUAGAAUAAAAGAUGAAUCUUCUUCGAGCGAUGAAGACCCUAGAGCUGCCAAACAAAACCUUGGGUCAUUACAAGCCAACUCGAGUCAUCUCUCAUUAUUGUCUGGAAUUAGUUACAAAAAAACACUUCGACUAACUUCUGACCAGCUUAAAAGCUUAAAGCUGAAGAAUGGUCCCAAUGAUGUGACCUUUAGUGUUACAACACAAUAUCAAGGUACUUGCCGCUGCGAAGGCACCAUUUACCUAUGGAAUUGGGAUGACAAGGUUAUAAUUUCUGACAUAGAUGGAACAAUUACACGGUCAGAUACUUUAGGUCAUAUUUUGCCUACUCUUGGCAAAGAUUGGACACACCAAGGGAUUGCAAAGUUGUACCAUAAAGUGAGCCAAAAUGGAUAUAAAUUUUUGUAUUGCUCAGCACGUGCUAUUGGAAUGGCAGACAUGACCAGAGGAUACUUGCACUGGGUCAAUGAACGCGGAACUGUGCUGCCACAGGGGCCAGUGUUGCUGAGUCCAAGCAGCUUAUUCUCAGCUUUGCACAGGUACUGCAGUAUCACUUUUGUGUAGAAAGAAAUUUGGAGGUUGGUGGGGGGAGCACA